GAACGCCGGAUGCAUUUUCACAACUGCUUACUUGCCCGUAUUGUGACAGAGGGUACAAACGUUUCACAUCUCUGAAGGAACACAUUAAAUACCGCCAUGAAAAAAAUGAAGAUAACUUUAGUUGCUCCUUAUGCAGUUACACGUUUGCCUAUCGGACACAGCUUGACCGCCACAUGACAUCACACAAAUCAGGAAGAGAUCAGAGGCAUGUGACGCAGUCCAGUGGUAACCGAAAAUUCAAGUGCACUGAAUGUGGAAAAGCUUUUAAAUAUAAACACCAUCUAAAGGAGCACCUACGAAUCCACAGUGGAGAGAAGCCAUAUGAGUGCCCAAACUGCAAGAAACGUUUUUCUCAUUCUGGUUCAUACAGUUCACACAUAAGCAGUAAGAAGUGUAUUGGUUUGAUGCCCGUGAAUGGUCGAGCCCGGUCAGGUCUCAAGACGUCUCAGUGCUCCUCCCCUUCCCUUUCUGCAUCACCAGGUAGCCCAGCAAGACCACAGAUACGACAAAAGAUAGAAAAUAAACCCUUGCAAGAGCAACUUCCUGUUAACCAAAUUAAAACUGAACCUGUGGAUUAUGAAUUCAAGCCCAUAGUGGUCGCUUCAGGAAUUAAUUGUUCAACCCCUUUGCAGAAUGGGGUUUUUAGUGGUGGUAGCCCUUUGCAGGCAACCAGUUCUCCUCAGGGUGUGGUGCAAGCUGUUGUUCUACCAACAGUAGGCCUGGUGUCUCCCAUAAGCAUCAACUUAAGUGACAUUCAAAAUGUACUUAAAGUAGCAGUGGAUGGUAAUGUAAUAAGGCAAGUAUUGGAAAACAAUCACGCUAAUCUCGCAUCCAAAGAACAAGAAACAAUCAGCAAUGCAUCUAUACAACAAGCUGGCCAUUCCCUCAUUUCAGCUAUAAGUCUUCCUUUGGUUGACCAGGAUGGGACAACCAAAAUUAUCAUCAACUACAGCUUAGAGCAGCCAAGUCAACUUCAGGUUGUUCCUCAAAAUCUAAAAAAGGAAAACCCUGUUCCUACAAACAGUUGCAAAAAUGAAAAAUUACCAGAAGAUCUUACAGUGAAGUCUGAGAAAGAUAAAAACUUCGAAGGAGAGACCAAUGAUAGCACUUGUCUUCUUUGUGAUGACUGUCCAGGAGAUCUCAAUGCACUUCAAGAAUUAAAGCACUAUGAAACGAAAACCCCUCCUCAGCCUCCUCAGCCUCCUCAGUCCGGUGGAACAGAAKCUGAGAAGCCCGAAUCCCCAGUCCCACCAGACACUGGGGAGGGCAACAUGUCUCCUGGCCAGCCACCUUUGAAGAACCUUUUAUCGCUCCUAAAAGCAUAUUACGCAUUAAAUGCACAACCAAGCGCGGAAGAGCUUUCAAAAAUAGCCGAUUCAGUAAACCUACCACUCGAUGUGGUAAAAAAGUGGUUUGAAAAAAUGCAAGCUGGACAAAUUUCUGUGCAGUCACCUGGACCAUCUUCCCCUGAACAAGCUAAAUUAAGCAGUCCUGCAGACAAUGAUGAUCAAGCAGGACCUACAAAUGCGAGCGAACCCCAGAGCAGCACAAGCAAUUCACAGAAUCCUGUCAGUACAAAAUCUCAGACUUUAUCAGAGGGAUCAACUCAAAAUGGUUCCCGCAGUAGCACGCCAUCCCCAUCGCCACUAAACCUUUCUUCAUCGAGAAAUUCACAGGGUUAUACGUACACGGCAGAGGGUGUACAAGAAGAGCCACAAAUAGAACCUCUUGACCUUUCGCUACCAAAGCAACAUGGAGAAUCAUUGGAAAGAUCUACCAUAACUAGUGUUUACCAGAACAGUGUUUAUUCUGUCCAAGAAGAACCUUUGAACUUAACUUGUGCAAAAAAAGAACCACAAAAGGACAACAGUGUUACAGACUCUGAUCCUAUUGUAAAUGUAAUCCCACCAAGUGCCAAUCCCAUAAAUAUUGCUAUACCUACAGUCACUGCCCAGUUACCUACAAUUGUUGCCAUUGCUGACCAGAACAGUGUUCCAUGCUUAAGAGCUCUUGCUGCCAAUAAGCAAACCAUUUUGAUUCCACAGGUGGCUUACACAUACUCUACUACAGUAACUCCUGCAGUUCAAGAAACACCACCAAAACAGACCCAGGCCAAUGGAAAUCAGGAUGAAAGGCAAGACACUAGCUCAGAAGGAGUAUCGAACGUAGAAGAUCAAAAUGAUUCUGAUUCAACACCCCCAAAGAAAAAGAUGAGAAAGACAGAAAAUGGGAUGUAUGCAUGUGACUUAUGUGACAAAAUAUUCCAGAAGAGCAGUUCGCUAUUGAGACAUAAGUAUGAACACACAGGUAAGAGACCUCACGAGUGCGGGAUCUGCAAAAAGGCCUUUAAACACAAACACCACUUGAUCGAGCACAUGCGGCUGCACUCGGGGGAGAAGCCCUACCAGUGUGACAAGUGUGGGAAGCGCUUCUCGCACUCGGGCUCCUACUCUCAGCACAUGAACCACCGCUACUCCUACUGCAAGCGCGAGGCGGAGGAGCGCGACGGCGCCGAGGCCGAGGAGGCCGGGCCGGAGCCCCCCGGCAGCGAGGCCCGCGGCACCCGCGCCUCCCCGUCCCACCUCGACUCCGAUGAGAGGGAGAGCCUCACCCGGGAGGAAGAGGAGGACAGCGAAAAGGAGGAGGAGGAGGAGGAGGAAAAAGAGCUGGAAGGACUUCAGGAAGAGAAAGAAUGUGGGAAACUACAAGAGGGAGCGGACGAGGAAGAAGAAGGGAAAACUGAAGGUGACGAGAGCGGCGAAGCUGUAGAUCAAGGAAGCAGUGGGGAAGAGGGAGUUAUGCAGAAUGACGGGCAGGGAUCAGAGGAAAAAACAGAUAAAGCUUAAAUGAUAGUUUUUUCUAUAAGGAAAAAAAAAAGGUAAUGAAGUUCGUUCUAUAUUAUACAUGCUAUUCAUGGAAACGCAGUAGCCUGCAUACUGUGAUUUCUGUUCACUACUGUGUAAAAAAAUAUAUAUAUAAAAAAGAAAAAAAAAGAAAUCCAGGUGUGCCUGAACCUCAAACUUAGUAAUUUUUCACACAGCUUUCAAAGUUAGGAACAAGUUUGUAACAUGAAGCAGAUUAGAAAAAAAUGCAAUGACUCUGGAAGCAAAGGUUUACCAGGUUGUAGGAAGCCUGAUUUAUUAGACAAGCAUCUGGCAUUGUUUGUUUUAUCAGUAUUAAUUUUCGUUCUUAAGUUGAUUAAUUUUUGAGCUGUACAAUUGGGAGAGAUUUAUAUGAUUUUUUUUUUUAAUGGUAAAAACAUUUCCUAAAUCCGCUUCAGUAUUUUAUUAUGUCUUUAAAAUGUGAGAACUUCUGCACUACAGAAUUCCCUUUUGCAGAAACCCCGAAUGCAGUUGCAAACAGUGCUGGGCUACCUUUGUAAAUUCAGCCUGGAAGGUAGCGGUUUCUAAYAUUAGAUGUUGUAGUAGAGCAUAUUAUCAUUUAAAGUGUAUUGUUAGCCUUAAGGAAGCAGAGAUGAUAGAAGAACUGAAGUUUCUUACUCAUGUGGUUAAAAAUGUAGUUGAAAAGAUUGUUGUUGAGUUCUGAUUGCAGGGACUAACAGUGUUAAUACUGGAAAGGACAGCAAAGUCGUCAAAAUCAGUGUUUGUAAUUGUGUUUUGAGUAUGUAGUAACAAUAUGAAGGAUAUGAUAUGAAGCUUUGUAUCUCCUUUGGCCUUAUGCAAGACCUGUGUGCUGUAAGUGCCAUUUAUCAGUAUUACAAAGGCUCGAAGGGGCCUUUCUCCAAUGUGUGGCCUACAAUAACUAGCAUUUGUUGAUUUGUAUCAAUCUUCUAAACUAAUCAUGGGGAAAAAAACACUCAGCCAUCAGAGAAGUAAGAACACUGGUAUAUUUCAUUAUUUAAUUGUUUGGUGGUAUUUUGGUUAAUACCUGACUUGCAGAAUUUCUCUACCAAUAAUUACAAGGGAAAUUUUCUAAUCUGCUUUAUUGCUUUAUUGGUUUACUUUAAUUUCAGACACAUACAUGAAGUGUUAUCUGGCUCAUAAGUAUUUUCAAAUGUUAGUUAUUAUGGACCCCAUUUAUUAACAAUGUUAGCUGAUUUUUACCUAUCAGUAUUAUUUUAUUUCUUUUAGUUUAUAGAUCUGUGCAACAUUUUGUACUGUAUGUCUUCAAACCUGGCAGUAUUAAUACCCUUCUUACUGACAUAUGUACCUUUUUAGUUUUAGAAAACUUUUAUAUUUAUGUGUCUUAUUUUUAUAUUUCUUUAUUUAUUACACAGUGUAGUGUAUAAUACUGUAGUUUGUAUUAAUACAAUAAUAUAUUUUAGUAUGAAAAUUUGGAAAGUUGAUAAGAUUUAAAGUAGAGAUGCAAUUGGUUCUCUUGCAUUGAGAUUUGAUUUAACAGUGUUAUGUUAACAUUUAUACUUGCCUUGGACUGUAGAACAGAAGAAUUAAAAUGGGAAUGUAUUAAUUUUACAAUUGCAAUCAAUUCAUUUUACCUUUACCCAGUUUUUAAUAUAAAGCUCUUAAAUUUUAAAAUUCACUGUGUGACUAAUAGCAUGAUGCUCUGCA